AUGGAGAAGGCCAACAAGCAGUCUAUUCGUACUCCACUCCACCUCCCUGUUGGUUUCCAUGGGCAUGCAGUUAAUCAACGUUGUGCUAUAAAACUGCACCACCCCCACAAUCAAUCACCUCACACCGUGAAAACAUCUUGUGUUUCGUCUCCAGCCUUUCUUGGUGGAAAAAAAUACAGUCUCCAGUCUCUCGCCAUGGCAAUUACAACCAAUAUCACCGAUGCUGCGCGCCUGGUGAAUCGGCUCAAGAUCGACGGUUUCUCCACGACCGUCACCAUGGGAGACGACGACUGCAUCCUACCCGGCAGGUGCGCCGUCGGCGGAUACGAGUGGGAGGUGUGUGUAUACCCUGCACGGACGUCGGGCAGCCCCGAUGGCAAGAAAUGGGUGGCGCUGCGCCUUGCCUUGCUAAGCGAGCCCCGCACCCCUGCUGUGAGGGCCAACCUAUGCUGCCUGGCGUUGCAUCUGGCGUACAUAACCUCACCGAAGAAAGAGUCGGGGGUAUUCAGGCGUCCCAAGGAUUGUACACCGUUUGUUUACCUCGUCUCCGUUAGUGAUGUUGAGAACUCGGGCUAUCUCAGUCGCGAUGCCUUUACCAUGGAAUGCACCAUCACGGUGCUCAACGAGUCGCCGACUUCCCAGGCGAAAGAGAUGUCCGUACCGUCGUCCAACUUGAACCAGAACCUCGGUGAGCUCCUGCAGACCGAGAUGGGGGCGGAUGCCACUUUUCUCGUAUCCGGCGAGCAUUUUGCUGCGCACAAGAACAUACUUGCCGCAAGGUCUCCUGUUUUCAAGGCGCAGUUCUUUGGAGAAAUGAAGGACAAGUCGUCUCCCAGCAUCGAGGUUGAGGGCAUGGAGGCGACGGUCUUCAAGGCCAUGCUUCACUUCAUCUACACCGACACAGUGCCAGAGCUUGACGAGCAAGGGCUCGAGGCGGUGGCGGCGGUGGCUCAGCAUCUUCUUGUGGCCGCUGACAGGUAUGGAUUGGACAGAUUCAAGACUAUCUGUGAAAACAAGCCCUCCAGUGGCAUCACCGUCGACAUGGCGGCGACGACUUUGGCCUUGGCAGAGCAACACAACUGCUCGCAUCUCAAGGCCAGCUGUGUCGAGUUCAUCGUCAGCACUCCUGAAGUUCUUGACGCUGUCUUGGCGACGGAGGGGUACAAGGAUUUGUUGGCAAGCUGUUCUUCAGUGCUGGCUGAUCUUCUCAAAUCUGUGCGUGGGAGAAAGAAUUGA